AGACAAAAAUCGAAUUCCCUUCUGUUAACCCUGGCGAAAAUUUUAAGUGAGAGAUGAUGUUUAUAUUUAUUUAUGAAGAGUUUUAUUGAUAGUUACAUUGUUUAUGAAGAGUUUUAUUGAUGGUUACACCGUUUGGAAGUACGUUGCAAACACCUGGUUAAUUCUUUAUCGACAAUAACAUUUUGCAAACACUUAGAAAUAUAGUGAGAAAUGUACGAGUACUAUAAUGGAAACGUUUGACAUUGUAUCAUUAAUCGCAAUUUGAACACGUGUAACCGUGAACAUGUCAUAAACAACUCCAGGUUUAAAUUUAUAUCUCACAAACAAUUCAAUAAAUGUUUUAAAACUCAAAUAAAACAUUGACUCAGCAUUUAAACAAACUUCUUAUAAACUUAGAAUGAACAUAUUAUUUUCGCCAGGGAACGGCUUGUUUCCGAAUACUUAAAAUAUUUGAAAUUAUUUAUUUAAAGUUAUGUUUGAAGUUGCGUAGACAAAUUGUUAAUUGUAAGAAGUUAUAGAGGAAAAUGGCGAAGACGUGGACUAUUGUUAUUUUCACGGAUGAAGAUACUGUGGAAGCAGUUCCAUCAAAUUGGAUUCAUGAUAAUGAAUGUUUCUGGCCGUCGCUAACGUUUGAAAAGUUAACUGCCGCAAUAAAAAAUCAUGAAGUACCUAAUACAUCUUGGCCCUCAUAUCCUAUUCGGAUUUUGCGAAAUGGAACUUUCACUAGUUAUUCUACAGCAAAAGAAACAUGUCGAAAGGCAGAAUAUUCAUCCAACAUAAAUUCCGACUCUUUCGGUAAGUCACUCGGAUAUAAAAGGAAAGCCACUAGAAAAACUUUCGGCUCUUCAUUUGAGGAGAAUAUUUCAUCGUCAUCAGACGAUACUAACAAUUUGCUGACGAAAUUGCCGACUCUUCCACGUUUAACGAAUGAAACUUCUUCUAUAAAAACAAACUUGAAAAGAAAGAGCGAGGAACCCACUAAUGACAUUGAUAGAUUACGAAAUAUCGAGGAAUUUCGAAAGAAGUUAUCGAAAUCUAAUGAUAACGAAGAUUUGAAUGUUAAUGAUCAACUAACUAUGACAGAAUGUAAAUGUUGUCCAGUACAUUUGAAACACAAUUGUGGUAUGUAUGUAUAUGUAACUCACAAUUGCCGAAUUUGCCCCAUUGCCCGAAAGUUUUAACCAACGCAUUGUGAGUAAGCUUCAAUGUCCACAAAGUGUUUUGAGUGUUUAUUUCGGCUACUGGGCGUUGAAGAAUAUCCACAAAGUGUGUUGUAGACAUUUAUUUAAGUAAUUACGUUUAAUAUUAAUUACUCGUCGUCGAAAUUUGAGUAAUAAGCAAAUUUGACGAUUGCAAAAUAAAUAUUUAAUGUACAGUUUAUUUUCGAUAAAUUUAUUAUCAAUCUUAUUAUAAAAUAAUUUAUUAUCAAAAUUACAUACUCUAUGUUCGACAAUUGAUUGAA